ACCAUAUAAGCAUCAUCCCUCUCUCGUUUUCUGUCUCUCAGCUAGCUACCUCUGAUCUUUUCUUCAUACCAUGGCUCUCUCCAAGACUGCACUAGACACUGAUGUUUCCGUCCACUCGACCUUCGCAUCUCGAUAUGUUCGAGCCUCGCUUCCAAGGUUCAGAAUACCAGAGAGUUCGAUCCCAAAAGAGGCAGCCUACCAGAUCAUAAACGAUGAGCUCAUGCUGGAUGGAAACCCUAGGCUGAACCUGGCGUCUUUUGUGACCACAUGGAUGGAGCCUGAGUGCGACAAGCUCAUCAUGGCUUCUGUUAACAAGAACUAUGUUGACAUGGAUGAGUAUCCUGUCACCACUGAAUUACAGAAUCGAUGUGUUAACAUGAUAGCACAUCUCUUCAAUGCCCCACUUGGAGAAUCAGAGACUGCAGUUGGAGUAGGAACUGUGGGAUCCUCAGAGGCAAUCAUGUUGGCAGGUUUAGCAUUCAAAAGAAAAUGGCAGAACAAGAGAAAAGCUGAGGGAAAGCCCUGUGAUCAACCCAACAUCGUCACCGGGGCCAAUGUUCAGGUUUGCUGGGAGAAAUUUGCGAGGUAUUUUGAAGUGGAGUUGAAAGAAGUGAAGCUAAGAGAAGGCUAUUAUGUGAUGGACCCUGAAAAGGCUGUGGAAAUGGUGGAUGAGAACACAAUCUGUGUUGCUGCUAUCCUUGGCUCCACUCUCAAUGGAGAGUUUGAAGAUGUCAAACUCUUGAAUGAUCUAUUAACUAAGAAGAACAAGGAAACGGGAUGGGAUACACCAAUCCAUGUGGACGCAGCAAGUGGAGGAUUCAUAGCACCUUUCCUAUACCCUGAUCUCGAAUGGGAUUUUCGGUUGCCAUUGGUGAAGAGCAUCAAUGUUAGUGGACACAAAUAUGGACUAGUUUAUGCUGGAAUUGGUUGGGUCAUUUGGAGGAGCAAAGAGGACUUGCCUGAAGAGCUUAUCUUCCAUAUCAAUUAUCUCGGAGCUGAUCAGCCCACUUUCACCCUUAACUUCUCUAAAGGUUCUAGUCAAGUCAUUGCCCAGUACUAUGAACUGAUUCGUUUGGGUUAUGAGGGAUACAAGAAUGUUAUGGAGAAUUGUAGAGACAACAUGCUCGUGCUCAAAGAAGGAUUGGAGCUGACAGGCAGGUUCGACAUUAUCUCUAAAGACAUUGGAGUACCAUUGGUAGCCUUUUCUUUGAAGGACAGUAGCACCCACAAUGAGUUCGAGGUAUCCGACAUGCUAAGGCGGUUUGGUUGGAUUGUGCCUGCGUACACCAUGCCUCCUGAUGCUCAACAUAUUACCGUGUUGCGCGUCGUUAUACGAGAAGACUUCUCACGAACACUAGCCGAACGGCUUGUCAAAGAUAUCCAGAAAGUUAUCCAUGAGCUUGAGACCGUACCAUGCAAAGUUUGUGCUAGGAUUUCGAUUUCUGGUGAUGGUGAUAAUGAACAGCAUGGUGCUGUGGUUGUGAAGAAAACUGCUCUAGAGACCCAGAGGGAGAUAACUACAAUUUGGAGGAAGUUUGUCAUGGAAAAGAAGAAGAUGAAUGGUGUUUGCUAAAGAUUUUUCUCACUUCUUCAAUUAUCUCCCAAAAGAGUAUGAACCCUAGUCGCAUUUGGAAAUGCCGGUGUGGUUGUCACUACAUUCGCGUUGCAAACCAAAAGCAUUAUUUUAAUACUUUUGAUUUGAAAACGCGAAUAAUAUUUUUCAAGUUGCAAUAUUUUCUAUUCCUGGAAUUUGUUAAAAUUCUACUUAUUAUAUGAUAAUAAUAUA